UCAUUUUUUAAACGUUUUUUCCACUUUACAUACUAUAAAAUGUCCCAAAAUGGUUUUUAAAAAGGAAAAUGUGCUAAAAUCCAAGUUACCUUUAGUCAAGGUAUAGUUUGGCUAAAGGUACUAUGGUACCACUCAUAUUUAAAGCUUAUCAAGGAAUAAAGUUACAUCUUUUUGUGAUCACUCAUCUCAGAGAUCAUCCUUUCUGUGAUCACUCAUGUCAGAGAUCAUCCUUUCUAAAAGAUCAUUUUAAUACUUUCCCAGAUUUAACAUCAAUGUUGUCCUGAAUGGAUAAGUUGACUUUUUGCAACUUUUAAAGGGAGUGUCUGGCUAGACAAAGUAUUAUGACCUUGAAGUGCAGUUAUGGAGAGACAUUUUUAGAUUUCAUUACAGACCUAUAAGACAUACUGUGCAAAAGAGCGUGAAAUCGAUCAUUAAAAUUCGCUUGGCGGUAGCUUCAAGGCAGGUAUUUAAAGUCUCAAAUGAAUUUAUUAAAAAAUCUAUACAUUACUGCACUCUCAACUCAACAACCAUGUAAAGCCAGACACUCCCUUUAAAUCCCCUUUUACUAGGUUCAUCUCAAUGGAAAAAACAAAUGUUUUUUUACUGUUUUACUAAAAGCUUAAAGUUCGUAACACAGAAGUUUUCGGUUCUGAGGACAGAGAUUUGAUGUUGAGCAGAACUUCAAAUACUCCUAAUUUCAGGCUUGGCAAACUAGAAUAUAAGAAGACAUUAUCUUUAUCUAUCUACUCCUCAAACAGUAAGGGAAGAAGUGAGGAGGUACGUUUACCAGAUCUAAAAUCUGAUUUUCUCCUGGAGAAUGGACCGAUCACGAGAGCUGCAAAAAAUACUGAAAUCAAGGGAGAAGAGGAUGAAGAUGAGAGUGUUGGAGAAGUGAGACAGGAGAACCUCAUGAGUAUAGUGCUUGGUGUAUCCGCUGCCCUUGUCAUUAUCCUCCUAGUAAUACUUAUCACCAUGUCCAUUCGGUGUGGGAGAGAUAGCAACAGAAACUGGGGAGCCAGAGAUUCUGGUGGUUCAACCUCUCCUGACUACCUGGUAAAUGCAGAUCCAGAUGGUGAAUUCCAGUGCCAUGGCACUAGGUCAAUAUCUACAGGCUCCAUUACAUCAGUCUCACCACACCCUAUUUCUGCUACAGGAUCACUGCCUCUACCAAGGAGGAAUCAUGCACCAGCCCUCCUCACUUUACAGUCCCUUCCGCCCCCACCUCCACCACCCUCAGGGAAAAUUGAUCCAGCCCUGUUGAAUGAUGAUCAGUGUACAGACCUAUCCCCUCCCCCGGAGUGGGCCAGCACUCUUCUCCCCCCACCAGACUCAUUCUUUACCCUACCAAGAAAAGGAGAAAAGCUGCACAACCGGAGUGUAAGGUUUGAGAAACAGGUUCACAGCAGAUCAAUAACAAGCCUGGAUAAUAUUCAUAAAUCAAAUUCUCACGUUGAAAGCAUUGUUUGAAAAAUGAUGAAUAGACAGGAAAUGGAGAAAAGUUGUAUGCAGCAAAAUUCUGAAUGUAUAUCUAUAUCUACGUGUGUGGACUGAAGUUU